GUGCUGGAGGAGCCCGCGCUCCGCCCCUCGGAGCUCAGAAACAGACUCGCGCGGCGCGGCUCCGCGGGCCCGGCGGCAGACGGCGAACGGCCUCGUGCGCCCAACCUCGUCAACAAGCAGCCCGCGUUGCCCUUCGUGCCGCCCGCCUUCCCGCACGCGGCGCCCGAUCGCCUCAUCAAACCCUCCGAGUACUUGCGCACCAUCACGGCGCCCUGCAAACGCGACGAGGGCGCGGCGGAGGGGGGCGCCCCGCCCGCGCCCCCCGCACCGCCCGCGCCGCCUGCCGCACCCGCGCCUCCACAGCCGCCGCCCGCACACCAGCCUCUGGCCGCCAUCAGCAGUGCGGAGCUAUGCGCGGUGCGGCUGCGCGCGCCCGCCGGCAAGACGCUGUCGGCACCGGCGCCUGCGCGCUCGCUCAGUCUUCAGUGUUUGCCCAGCGCCGCGGACUUCCGCAGCGCGAAGACGGACCUCAUCGAGGAGUUGAAGAUGUCCAGGGACAUUACGGGCAUCCGCAAGUUGCGUGUGGAGCGCGCGCGCCGCGAGAGCCUACAGGACAACGAGACCUUUGCCGAGUUCACGAAGCGCUUCACGGCGGACAACUUCGUCGAUCAGGGCUGUGCGCAGGUGCCGGAGCGCGACGCCGCCGGCAACCUGAUCCCGGCGUGGAAGCGACAGAUGUUGGCGCGGCGUGCGGCGGAGCGCGCGCGCCGGGACCUGGAGCGCGAGCUGGCGGGCGAGGCGGAGCGCAGGCGCGCGGCCGCAGUGCCCGCCUGGAAGCGGCAGCUGCUGCAGCGCCGCGAGGACGCCGAGAACCGACUCAGAGAGUCGUUGUACACGCCGCGAGUGUCGGAGCGCGAGGGGCGGGAGGGCGGCGAGUGGCGCGCCUUCCCCGCACCGGCCGCCGGCCAGCGCGCGCUCUCCAUCGACAACAUCACGCUGUGCUACGACACGCCGGCGCCAACACCCGCGUCCGCGCACCCGCCGCGCGCGCCCUCCGAGGCGAAGCUGUCCACCGAUCUCUAUAAUGGGCACUCGAUGACGAAUGGUAAGCACGUCGAGGAGGAGGAUAGCGCCAAGAUCAUCCCGUGGCGCGCGCAGCUGCGCAAGACCAACAGCAAGCUCAAUCUGCUCGAGUAGACGGCAGCCGCAAGUGUCCGACGCGGGCGGGACUAGGCUCGCACACGCUUUCAGACAAAAGACUUUGCUAGUGUUUAUUGUAGAUCAUAGCAUAGCAUAAAAUGACUUGUAUAUUCGAAUCAGUCACAUGUCGCGGAAGUAAUUAUUGAUGUAUAAAUUUUCGUCAGUUCAUCUCAGUAUCGAGUAUAAUAAGUAACUGCAUCUCAUCUUUAUAAUGUAAAUGGAGAAAUAAAGAGACGAUGUGUAGGCGAGGUCGCGGCGAGUGUCGCGGCGAGAGCGACGCGGCCUCGGAGCGACGUAGAGCUCUGUAAGGUAUUUGUAAGGGACCAAUUUGUGUAAAAGCGAUUCGAUAGAAAAUCAACAUUUAAUAGAUGUUGUUUUUCUUUAAUCAGCACAUAAAUGUAUAUUAAGAUGUAGCAAACAUAUAUAAAUUAUUGUAGGUUUCGAACUUCACUUGGAGGCUAUUUAUACAAAGAGAAUUGUUAAGUUUUAAUUUUGUGUGUAUGUUUUAUUUUAACCCACAUAAAAUGAGCGACAGCGCCGCGCCCCCUGCGGGCUGAGGGCGCGGCGCACGCGGGCUGCACAUGCAGGGCACUAUUUACUACUUUUGCAGGAAAUUUAUUUUAUUUGAAAGUAAAUCGUAUCGGUAUUGUACUAGUGCAAGGUGAUAUCUUCGUUGCAAUAUUAGUGUUUAAGCUUACCAGUGCAAUUUAGCUAUUUGUACGAAUUACUUUAAUUUUUUACAUAUCUAUAUUAAACGGUUGUCGAGCAAAUUAUAUUGUUAAUAAAAAUCUUGUUGCUUUUAAA